CCCGUCCUCCCUUCCUCCCCUUUCCCCCCUCCUCCUUUCCUCCUCCCUUCCUCCUUUCCUCCUUUCCUCCCGUCCUCCUUUCCACCCGUCCUCCUUUCCUCCCGUCCUCCCUUCCUCCUUUCCUCCUUUCCUUCCUUCCUCCCCUCCUCCUCCCCUCCUCCCCUCCUCCUUUCCACCCGUCCUCCUUUCCUCCCUUCCUCCCGUCCUCCCUUCCUCCCCCGCUGCAGCUGAUGUCCUUUUCCACGCCAAGAUCAGGCUUCCUGGCUGUAUUUAGAUGUUUGCCGUUGUUCUGCAGGGUGGACUCCAUCAUGCUGGUGGAGGAGGGCUUCCAGAUGGUCAGCGUGGACGCCAGCGACAAGAUGCUGAAGUACGCUCUGAAGACUCGCUGGGACCGCAGGAAGGAGGCGGCGUUCGAUCAGUGGGUGAUCGAAGAAGCCAACUGGCUGACGUUACCUGAAGACAUCCAGAAACCUGGAGACGGCUACGACGCAGUCAUCUGCCUCGGGAACUCCUUCGCCCACCUGCCAGACUUUAAAGGGGACCAGAGUGAUCAGAAGCUGGCUCUCCACAACAUUGCCAGUAUGGUACGACCCGGUGGGGUACUCAUCAUCGACCACCGUAACUACGACUACAUCCUGGACACUGGCCGCGCGCCGCAGGGCAAAAAUAUUUACUACAAGAGCGACCUGACCCAAGACAUCAGUACCUCGGUUCUGUGGGUCGACAGCAAGCCCCACAUGAUCACUCUGGACUACACCAUCCAGGUGCCUCAGGCCGCCCUGCGUCACCUUCCUGAUGUCAGUAAGUUCCGACUGUCCUACUAUCCCCACCGCCUGGAGAACUUCUCUGAGCUCCUGAAGGACGCAUUCAAAGGCAAAAUGGAGCACACCGUCUAUGGAGACUUCAAGGCGUAUCGUCCGGGUCAGGCCCAGACGCCGUGCUACUUCAUCCACGUGUGUAAGAAGACGGCCUGACGGGACCGACCUCCGACCUCUGGAUGGAGGAAGGGGGUGGAUUUCAGUGGGUCAUGACAUGUUUAAGUUGACCUUUGGUUGGGCAGACAUGUUAGAGCAGCAACAGAUAAAGGUGCAUCAUCAUCUCUGGUUCUGCUGGUCUUCACGCCCUCCUCCAGCUCAUCCAUUGUCUUUAAGCUCAGCUGUUUCUAAGAUGUCUUCUGGACCGUUUCCUGCUUUUGCUUCUCCACUGCAGAUCUUAUUGAAGCUUUUAUUGGUCUGGUUUAAGACCGGUUUAAGAAGGAUUCCCCCCCUACCAGCCCCCAAGCGGGUUAAACAGCUGGUCCAGUUAACUUCCGCCUUAAAGAUCCAAUAUGUUUUAAAUCUACUUUCCUUUCCUCUGAGAUGGUAACAGUACAAACCUUUCCACAAAGCUCUGAGCUGGGCUGAACCGACCAAAACUCAACUUCCAGUGACCCCAUGACUGAAGCUGAUUCAUUUCCCAAAGAGCCUCUGUUCACAACCAAACUGGUCCAACACUGAGGGCAACUCAGGGAAAGUUGGUACCAAGAUGUGUCUGGCUGGACGGACCGCCGGCCGCGAUCAAAGUCCUUGUAUGAUUCAGUCUUCUGGUUGUUCUGGUGUUUAAUAAAAGGUUUUAAAUCAAAAA